AUGGUGUUGACAAGGGAAGCUCUUCAUAUGACUAAGCCUAUGAUGGUGGCGCUGGGAGCUGCCCUACUCGUGGCCAUAGUGGAGGCUGAACCGAGCGUGAAAUCAUUCUCCAGGUUCUCCCUUGGGGGAGGAGGAGGUUAUGGAGGAGGAGGAGGAGGAGGAGGAGGACACGGUGGAUUUGGAGGAGGAGGAGGAGGUGGAUUUGGAGGAGGAGGUUAUGGAGGGGGAAGAGGAGGAUUUGGAGGAGGGCACGGCGGAUUUGGAGGAGGAGGCGGAGGCUACGGUGGAUUUGGAGGAGGAGGAGCAGCCCCAGCCAAGGCCAACAUCAACUUCAACUUAAGUGGCGGAGGAAGAGGAGGAGGAGGAGGAGGAGGAGGGGGUUCCUACGGAGGAUAUGGGAAGUAG